UCGCCCCCGCCCCGUCCCGCCGCGCCGCCCUCCAAGAGCCGGCAAUCUGCUUCUCAUUUCCUCCGGGAGUUGACGUUUCCCGGCUCCUUGGCAAGGCGGGGGUUUGCCCGCAGUCGUUCCCCGCCGUUGGGUAGCAUUCGCAAGCGGACCUCGCCGCGGCUGACUGCCCGUAGUCCCCUCCCCACUCGCGAGGAAGGAGGAGGAGGAGGGGGAGAAGGCGAGGGAAGGACGGGCUCCUUCUCCCCGCGGGACCCGAGGGUUUGGGCGCUUGGCUCCCGGGACCCUUUCUGCCCCGCUUGGGGGUGCCUCCCCGCCCGGACCCACGCCGCGGAGCGGGACUUGCAACCUGUUCGCCCGGCCGAGAGAGAAAUUGGUGUCUUGGAGCAUAAAGAUGGACCUCUUGCUCGCCUUCGGUUUGCUCCUGAUGGCCUGUGCACUUGACCUCUCUCUGGCUGUGAACCCCUUUGCUGUGCAGCAGGCCCCUCCUGACCCUUGCUAUGAUGAAAAAGGGGCACCCCGUCGCUGCAUCCCGGAGUUUGUCAACGCCGCCUUUGGGAAGGAGGUCCACGCUUCCAGCACUUGUGGCAAACCGCCCACCCGGCAUUGCGAUGCUUCAGAUGCCCGGAAGGCUCACCCUGCAUCCUACCUCACAGACCUCAACACCGCAGCCAAUAUGACUUGCUGGCGCUCAGAGACCUUGUACCAUUCACCCCAGAACAUCAGCCUCACCCUGUCACUGGGCAAAAAGUUUGAGGUGAUCUAUGUCAGCCUCCAGUUCUGCUCGCCUCGUCCGGAAUCGGCUGCUGUUUUCAAGUCCAUGGAUUAUGGCAAAACAUGGGUGCCUUACCAGUAUUACUCAUCGCAGUGUCGUAGGAUCUAUGGUAAGCCAAACAAAGCCACAGUCACCAAGCAAAACGAGCAGGAGUCUCUGUGCACAGAUGGGCACACUGACCUCUACCCACUGACCGGAGGCCUCAUUGCCUUCAGCACGCUGGAUGGGCGUCCUUCGGCCCAAGAUUUCGACAACAGUCCUGUGCUUCAGGACUGGGUGACCGCCACCGACAUCCGAGUGAUUUUCAGCCGCCCCCAUUUGUUCCGAGAGCUAGGGGGCCGGGAGCAUGAGGAUGAGGAUGGUGGGGCAAGCUCUUCCUCCUACUACUACUCUGUGGGUGAGUUUCAGGUUGGAGGACGCUGCAAGUGCAAUGGGCACGCCUCUCGCUGUGUCAAGGACAAGGAAGGCAAGCUCGUGUGUGACUGCAAGCACAACACCGAAGGCCCUGAGUGUGAUCGCUGCAAACCUUUCCACUAUGACCGUCCAUGGCAGAGGGCCACUGCGAGAGAAGCCAAUGAGUGCCUAGCCUGCAACUGCAACCUUCAUGCCCGCCGCUGCCGUUUCAACAUGGAGCUCUACAAACUCUCAGGGCGGAAGAGUGGAGGGGUCUGCCUCAAUUGCCGUCACAACACUGCCGGGCGACAUUGCCAUUACUGCAAAGAGGGCUUCUACCGGGACAUGAGCAAAUCUAUCACGGACCGUAAGGCUUGCAAAGCUUGUGACUGCCACCCGGUUGGUGCUGCUGGGAAGACCUGCAACCAGACGACUGGUCAGUGCCCUUGCAAAGAUGGCGUGACAGGAUUAACCUGCAACCGCUGUGCCAAAGGCUAUCAACAGAGCCGUUCGCCAGUGGCUCCAUGCAUCAAAAUCCCUGCCAUCAACCCAACCUCUGUGGUCGUCAGCACAGAAGAACCAACAGACUGUGAUUCAUACUGCAAGCCAGCCAAGGGCAACUACAAAAUCAACAUGAAAAAGUAUUGCAAGAAAGAUUACGUUGUCCAAGUCAAUGUCUUAGACAUGGAGACGGUGGCCAGCUGGGCCAAAUUCACUGUCAACAUCCUUUCCGUCUACAAGGUCCGGGAUGAGCGGGUGAAACGAGGGGACAACUUCUUGUGGAUCCACAUGAAAGACUUGGCGUGCAAAUGCCCCAAGAUCCAAAUCAGCAGGAAAUACUUGGUCAUGGGCAUUAGUGAAAACCCCACUGACCGACCAGGACUAAUGGCCGACAAGAACAGCUUGGUCAUCCAAUGGCGGGAUGCUUGGACCCGUCGCCUGCGGAAACUGCAGCGGCGGGAGAAAAAGGGGAAGUGCUUGAAACCAUGAUCGGCUCGGGCUCACGUCUGUUCACGCCUGCUUCCCACCUCUCUUGGCCCAUUGGUUUCCUGCGAACUUCACACUGCAGACUUUUCCAAGAGACUCUGUACAGAUACAGGUCAUGUGAACAGAUGGACUCACCUGUGUAUAGUGUAUAUUUUGGCAACGGUUCCUUUGUGCGCGUGUGUGGGUUGGGAGGAUGUGUGCAUGAGAGCAUGGGUCUUUUUUUAAAGUGUUUAUUAUUAGGAGUAGCACAGUAACGACAAACCUUUAACAAGGAGCAAAGUGAAGGAAACAUCUGACAGGGCCAGUUAAUUGAAGACUCUUGGAAGAAGACAGCCCAGACCUUCUCUGGGCAGGAUUGUUUUUCUCUUCUUGAGAUUUCACCUUGUUUUAAUCCUUUCCUCUAUUCCUUUGGUUCUGCCAAAUUCCAGAGGCUGAGCUUGGCAACAUUAUGUUUUUCAACAACAGCUUCCAGGAUUCCAGAGACAGAGCUUGGCAAACUUGCUUUUUGGACCUAGAAUCCCAAUGGGAGAGCUUAGAAAAGUUACUUUUGUGAAGUACACCUCCGAGGGAGGUCAUACUGUCUGGGACUUCUAGAUCACUGUAAUCCAAGCCCAGUCCAGAGGGUUACCUAUGAAAGUCAAUUACGCAAAGUGAGGAAAAGAUCAUUCAGGUUGUUUUUGUUGUCAAAAGAUUUCAUGGCCAGAAACACCAUGUUGCUGUGAGUUUUCUGGGCUGUAUGGCCAUGCUCCAGAAGCAUUCUCUCCUGACAUUUCACCCACAUCUAUGGCAGGCAUCCUCAGAGGUUGUGAGUUCUGUUGGAAACUAGGUAAGUGAAGUUUAUAUACCUGUGGAAUGUCCAGAGUGGGAUAAAAAACUCUUGUC